AUGGCGGAACAGAAAGAAAACGCUUUUCAAAAACAGGAAGUCAAGGGUAAGAAGGGUGGUCGGUACUAUAAGAGCAUCGGCCUGGGAUACAAAACGCCGAAAGAGGCCAUUUUCGGCACCUACAUUGACAAGAAAUGUCCAUUUACUGGCAAUGUCAGAAUCCGAGGUCGUAUCCUGACUGGUGUGGUUAGAAAAAUGAAGAUGAACAGGACUAUCGUCAUUCGGCGUGAUUACAUGAAGUAUGUCAAGAAGUACAACAGGUACGAAAAGCGGCACAAGAACAUGUCCGUACAUCUCUCUCCCUGCUUCCGUGAUGUCAGCGUAGGUGAUACAGUGACUGUUGGUGAAUGUCGGCCUCUCAGCAAAACAGUGAGCUUCAACGUUAUCAAAGUUCUCAAGGCUCCUGGUUCGCAGUACAAAAAAGCGUUUGCCAAAUUUUGA